AGGGUAAAGCUAUCAUCUAUAAGUAAAAGCGAGUGGUUGAGCGAGCAAGCGAGAGAGAGAGAGCGAGAGAGAGCUGGUUGGUGAAUAUAGGCUGGUAUUGUCGGGAGAGGAGGGGCCUGCUGUAAAUGGGCUCGAGCUUGUGCAGUGGUGCCGAUUUCCACGUUUCCUCUAAACCAGCAGCUUUUCAUCUCUCUCUGCAGACGCACAUGUACUCGCACUGGCACCGCUCCAUCGCGGCUCUCGAACGGAUCUGUUGGAUUCUCCACCCCACCAUCUGACUGAAUGACUCUGAGUAGUCACUGCUUUUCUUUUUGGAAAACGCAUUACUACAGUUCAUCUCUCCACGCAUAAACUGGAUUACAUCACAAAUCUGCUAAAUAGAAGAGAAACAUAAAUACAAGGUUUAUCAAUCUCAACGGACUCUACACUCUUUAAAAGAAGAUUUCAUGAGCAGUUAAUCUACCUCUUCUAAAUCCAGGAUUUCUUGCAGCCUCCUAGAAACUGGACAGAUGUAGGGCAGAGCAAGUGCUAUUCACUCACUCACUCACUCACUCACUCACUCCAGAAGACCAGAUGGAACUCUGUCUACUUCCAAAAUCUGUCAGCUUUACUUUUUCAAUAAUUCUAGCAUCAUGUGAUAAAGAGAUCUGUCCUUGUAAAACGAGCAGCUGAGGAUACCUCCAAAGACAGAGAAAGAGAGAGAGAGAGAGAGAGAGAGAGAGAGAGAGGAAGAGGGUUGUUUCUGCCAUGAUCUGACAGGUGCACCCAUUCAUUUUCUGCCAUGAAUAUGCAGCUGGAAUUCCGGGAAGAAGAGAUGAAGGCAGGUUUGAUGUGAUGUGAACGAUAGACUCGGUCUUAUCUGUGACGUGAGUGCAAAUGAGAGAUGGGAUCACAUCCCCCCACUUCAUAAACGACUAGAAAUGAUGGCAUAGUCAUAGAGCUGUUAUGUAGAUAAACAUAUGCAGGUGUCACAUUCAGCAUGUUGUGGUGGAAUAAUGUAAAAAUAGGCUAUAAGUGCAGCUUUAGCAGAGAUAGGCACAAGUUUGAUUAUAGUUUAGUGUGAUUAUUUAUAAAUUCAUUGUAAUUGUGUGAAUGUUUUAUUGCAUAGAUUAAUAUUGGAAGAGAAAUGUUCCAUCAAGUCAAAAACAGCCAGCCUCAAACCUUGCUAUUAAGUUAAAAGCUGAAUAGCAACAUGCGUUAAACCAUUUUUUAAAAGCAUGACAUGCACAUUUCUGCAGAGGUGUAUACUGUUGUUUUAUGUAAAUGAAGGGAAAGAUCUCUCUUAAUAGAAUCUGAAUGUGAAGGAUGAGAUCUCUCAGGGGAAUAUGGGAGAGCGGAAAGUAAACAUUUGUUCAUUGCAUCCUUCAUUUAAUAAUUCAUGUCUUAGUCGACAAUGACUUUGGCAAAUGCACCAGGGAAUGUAUUAUAAUUUGAGUUUAACGCAUAGUUUCUCUUUGAUUAUGUUAGUCAACUGUAGUGGGAUCUGAAUUGUAUUUUGUCUAAGAAACAAGCGCGCUCUGGAUUUGGUGCUAUGAACAUUUGGGCAACAACACAUGCCCAUCUGUUUAAUCUAAUGUUACCUGAUUCGUGAUACGUAAAAUAACCAAUAACAUUUAACCAGCCAAUCAUCAAAGAGUCAAAUCAAAUGUAAACAGUUCCCCGGGUGUACAUCACAGACUAAUUCAAAGCUACAACUGAGCAAAGCACACAGACAUCGCAGAUGACAUUCAUCAACGAUCAAACCUGACUUUCUCACGGUUGGAUGCUGCACGCCGCUCUAAUCCGGGUUCCUGGAUUCGACCCCAAUUAAAACACAAAGAACAUGAAAGGCGUUUCAUGGAGCGUCGAGUCUUAACCUCUGAUCUCAGGGAGGGAUUACUGUGAUUGGACUGCAGGGAUUGGCACCUACGCUGUGUAUAUCACAGAAUCAAGAAGAACAGAGCAUUGAGGAAUUACCCCUUCAGGAAACCAUGGGCUGCAACAUGUGUGUGGUGAACAGGCCAGAGGAACAGUACAGAAUCAUGUUUCAGAAGGGAAACACCAUGCGUCCCAUUGAUGCAGAAGUAAAGCUGAAAGGCAGAAGAACAACUCACCUGUCCCAGGACAAAGAUGGGAAGCCCCGUGACCCUUUGCUGCUUCAGGUGGUACGUAAGGGUCACAGAAGGAGAUUGGGCACGGCUGCUGGCACAACUCGCCUCAUGGCUAUCACAGACUGCAUGGACAAUGGCACCCAGACUGACAUCAGCUUCCAGAACUAUCUGAGUGGGGACAGAGGAUCUUACCCCAGCAGUGAAUCACCCAUGCCCCCACCCUCCCCUCCUCUCGCCCAGAUGGUGGAGCCAUACCUGCUCAAUGAUCUCCGUUCUCUGGGACAGGAAUAUAAUGAGACAAAUGACUACUUUAAUGUUGCCACCCAUGAAGUGGAGCAACGGGAAGAGCUGGAAUAUGAGGAAGUGGAGCUGUAUAAGUCGAGUCAGCAAGGUAAAUUGGGGCUAACAGUCUGCUACCGCACAGAUGAUGAAGAGGACCAAGGCAUCUACAUAGGGGAGGUAAAUCCAAACAGCAUAGCAGCAAAAGAUGGAAGAAUCAGAAAGGGUGACAGAAUAUUGCAGAUUAAUGGGGUUGAAGUUCAGAACAGAGAGGAAGCGGUUGCCAUUCUGACCCGCGAGAACAGCACCAACUUCUCAUUACUGCUGGCCAGACCGGAGAUAGAGACUGAAACACAUCUGGACCCUGAGGAGCUCGAUUGUGAAUUACCUGUAGGGAUGAGUGUGGACAGCCUUAAUACCUCCCCCCUGUCCGGCCUGUAUCACAUCCGCCAACAGAGAACCCAAGCAGGCAUUCCUGAGGAACAUCAAGACAGGCCCAUGCUCAUCCUGGCCGCCCUCAGCAACAGCCAGGAGCUCGACAGCGGUGUGGGCCGAACCGACGAGAGCACAAAAAACGAAGAGUCCUCCGAGCACGAUAUUCUUCUGGGCGACGAGCAGACCAGCACCUCCAACACGAACGCCACCAACACGCCCGGCAGCCUGCGCAAGUUCAGACCUGGCAGGAGCGGAGGAGGGGGGAGCGAAACUCCAUCUCCUCUCUUUCCUCUCAGAGAACUGCAUCUCAGUACAGACUCGCUGGACUGCGGCAGUGUGGGUGGCGGAUACCUUCACGAUCCCGUCAGUGGCAUGAUUAUGCCAGGCUUAACCGAAGAGGAAUGCGAGAGGUACAAGGAGCUUCUGGAAAUCAAGUGUCGAUAUGAGAAGAGGAUGAAAAAGGUGCAGGAGGAGCAGCAGAACCAAGAGAAAGACGGAGGUAAGGAAGAGGAGGCAGUCCUCAAUGAGAACUGUAAUGAGAGCUUAACGCCGCACGAGAUGGCGCUUUUGGAUGAGGAGAUGAGGCACCUUGAGUUCAAGUGUCGGAAUAUUUUGAGGGCUCAGAAGAUGCAACAGUUAAGAGAGCGCUGUUUGAAAGCAUGGCUCAUGGAGGAGGAAACAUCUGGCAGGGCGUCCGCCGAACCACAGGGUUCUCCGUUGCACGGGUUGUCUGACAUCAACGAACUGCCCGAGAAAGAGCGUUCGGACAGCACCAGCGCAUACAACACUGGAGGGGAGAGUUGCAGGAGCACACCCAUGGUGAAUGAGCACCGACUUCCUGUUUCUUUGGUAGACGAGUCCACAAGUCCAAUGCUUAGUAGACACAGAGAUCGACACAACUGGAGUGAAAGAGGACGUGCAAGCCUCACCAGUUCAUAUUCACCAAGCAGCUAUAAGAAGUUUCAAACAAACAGCGCUAUUCAUCAGAAGUUCUUCUCGCUGUCUCGAGAAGCGACCGUGCGUCGACUGCCAGAUGGUGGCAAUUCUCGGAUAAGCAGCCAUGAAAGAAACGGCGGUCGUAGUGCAGAAUCCAGUCCUUACUUCACGCGCCGUCGACAUUCCAACUGCUUCCCUCCAGAACGGUAUCAAAGUUGUAUGCACCUCGGAUCAUCACUUUCAGAGAGCUUUGGGCCCUUGGAAAGAGCCGUGGAUGGAGAAAGCGAGGCACCCGUAGGCAGCAGCGACCGCGAGGGCACCAUCAACCAUAGAAACAGCAACCUUGGUGCUCACCCCAGCCCAGUGAAGCUCUCCCUCGCCUUACCCCUGCCGACUCCCCCCGCCUCGCCACGCAUGGAGUGGAAGGUAAAGAUAAGAAGUGACGGGACCCGCUACGUGGCCAAACGUCCCGUCCGAGACCGACUCCUGAAGGCUCGGGCAAUGAAGAUCUGCGAAGAGCGCAGCGGCAUGACGACGGACGAUGAUGCCGUGAGCGAAAUGAAGAUGGGGCGCUACUGGAGCAAGGAAGAACGUAAACAGCAGUUGCUGAAAGCCCGCGAGCAGCGGAGACGCAGGGAGUUUAUGAUGCAGAGUCGCUUAGAUUAUCUGCGAGAUCACGGUGUGGACGUGGGCAGAGAGAGCAAACUAGAAACGAGUCAGACAACAGGGUCGAUCCUGGAGCUCAGUAAGAAAAAGAGCUCUAAGAAACGCAACAGGCGCAUAUUGGACAACUGGAUUACCAUUCAAGAGCUGCUGUCACAUGGUUCUCGCUCACCGGAUGGGACGAAGGUGUAUAAUGCUCUUUUGUCUGUUACAACAGUCUGAAAGGUGAACAGAGGAGGAAAAACUUUAAUGUUGUCUCUUGAAUACUUUUCAACUGACUCUUUGGUCUUCAUAUUUCUUAACAUAUCAAGAAACUAUUGAUCGCCUGCAGAACUGCUGAUGGUGUUUGUUUGUUUAAUUUCUUUAUCAAUGAAUAUCACAGACUCAAAACAAGAUUACCAAUGUGUUCAGGUCUAUAAAAAUGAUAGCAUCAAAAACUGAUCAACUGAAAACAGCACAUGGCUGGCUGAAAAAGACACUCAGAAGAUUAUGAAUGUUGACUCAGCAUGAACAAGCACAAAGCAUGGGAUUAAGCUGAAAUAAAACAUAACCAUUUUAGUUAGAUCUGCUCAUUACUUGUGUGGGAAGUCAUCACAGCUGCACAAAAGACAAGCAACAAUGUGAUUCUCAUUUGUGAUUUUAUAUCAUCAAACUUUUGUAUAAUUUGUUGUGAUAUAGCAUCCCAACUUUUAAGUGCUUAACCAGUGCAAACACAAUCAUGUUAAACUUCCUAUACAUGGUGCUGAACAUUUGUACUGCUUAUUUGUGACAAACGAAAAUGUAAGCAACAUUAAUCUGCUUUUUAACCUGAAUGUACGGCAACUCUUUUCCCCGAAACUUUUUCUGGAGUGAAUAUUGGGAAACGUUUAAAGGAAUGUGUGACCUAAAAAGAGCACAUAACCACCAGCAAAAAUAGAAGCACAAACAUUGAAAUCUAACCAGCUUCAACAUUAAAAGUGAUUGUACAUUUGUAAUAAAAAUACAGUAUACGGUUUUUAAGAGCGUGGAACCUGAAAUAGUUCACACAAUGAUGUACAGAAGAACUAUUAAUGUAUGGACUCGAAGGACGAGUAUUUAAAUUUCCAGCACAUUUAGAGUUUGGAGUCCUUUGAUAAAUUAAGAUUUUGUAGAAAAAUGGCCUUAAACGUUUUCACCAUUACCUUCUGUUGGUGAAUUUUGCAUGAUUUUGAUUCUAAUGAACUUGCCAGAAACACAAUGAACUGGUGGAAGUUCCACUGAAUGUUCUAUUUCUGUGUAUACUAUGUGCUGUAUGUGACCAGAAGAUUUCAGCAUAAUUUAACAUUUAUCUCUUGUUGUUAGAAUGUAGAACUUUAUGGUUAUACUCAUAAUAAUACCUGUUGAUUGAUAUCAAUAGUAAUAUUUACAAAGUGUUUAAUGUGCAUUAUUGAGAGGUUAUUUCAAUUGCUGAUGGUAUAACUAUAACAUUUCAGACAAAUAAAACCAGUUUGUAUGCUUAAUAUAAAUCAAGUUGGGAUGAUUGAAGACACAGCACGCACGCACGCAGAUAGACCUGGGGCCCGUUUCAAUAAGGAGGUUCAACCAACCCUAGGUUAAACCUUGAACUCAAGAGUUGGUUUACUUAGAAAUUAGAAAGUUUGAGUUAGUUCAAUUUACUCUGGGUAGGCUUACCCUGGGUUAAGCGUGCACCACGACUAUAAAAACCCAUCAUCAAUGGAGCUCCGAUAUUACGAUUCACCAUGGCAACGGCACCAAAAAAAGCAACAUGGCGGCAGAAAGCACCGCUCUGCAUAGUGGAUUUACUGACGUCCUGAAAGUGACAUGUUUAAAUUAAUAAAUUUACCAAUAAACAAACAAAUUAAUCAUUAAAUUGAAUGAAACAACAGAAUUAAUUUAAAUAUCGUAUGUUCUCACUCGCCAUGAGUGCUCUAGUUACGAGUGUAAUAGGUCGUGAUGUCAGACUCUCGUGCAAAAUUAGAUUGAUCGCCGGUUCGAACCCUGCUCUGAGCAGAUUUCAGUUGGAGUGGCUGCACAUCAAAAUGACUUGUUUAUUACCCUUCUCGCUUCGUGUAUGUCUGUAAUUAUUACUUUUUUUAUUUAUACACUUUAUUAAGUAAUUUCUCAUCAUCCAUAGAAAAUUACUCUCUGAUGUAAUACACGUACGGUGGCUGAUGUAAGGAUGGAUGAGAUAUAUUUUGAUAUAUCUAAUUCACUGUAAAGAAAAACGGUACAGUUUUAAUAAAAAUGUACAGGGAAAUGACAAAAUUCCACUCGGGUCCUAAAUUGCUCUCCUGAAAUCAAAGUACAUUCCAAUGAAUUAAUGCAGCCCCUUCAUGAAUCCUCUAUAAAAGCACAUGACAUAUAAGUCACUGAGAUGGUCUCUGUGUGAUCAAAAUGUGUGCCAUGAAUGACUGUAUUAAUGAAUGAGGUACACCACUUGCGCUUUAAAAGGGGGAGGAGAUCGAAAUAAAUUCUGGGUUUACCAAAGAAAACCUGCUCCCGGCCAAGUUAGGUUCACAGAGUAAGUUACUAUGGUUACUGACUCUGAGUAUAAGUUACCUCUCCUUUAGAAACAGGCUUGAGUUACCCCGCUUUCCCGGGUUUGACACACCUCACAUUCUGAAACGGAAAACCCAGAGUUUCCCUCAUUUCAGGGUUAAUUUACUCAGAGUUUUCACUAAACCUCCUUUCUGAAACGGGCCCCAGAAGACAGAAACAGCAGACACAAGUAGUCACAAAAUAUUGUCUGAUCUCUGAAAUAAUAAUAAAAAGGUUUUCCAACAGCAAGAACAUGUUUUAUAGAAUGAGAGCAAUAAAUUAUCACAUAAUUUCUCUGAAUGUGUGUUUUGCAUUGAAACCUCAUACAUAUAUACAAAUAAAAUCUCAUACAAUUAAAUCUUAAAUAUAGGAACUGCUCUUACACACACAUACUGAUACAAUUUUACAAUUACAAUUCGUUCUAAGUCCCCCCCCCGAGUCCAUAAAAUGUAAACAAUGGUUCAUGUCCCCAUGCCCAGUUCCAUAUAGAUUUCCAAGUCCAGUGCAGAGUAAAUAUGGCAUAUUUAUAUCAGCUAAUAUAUACAUUCAGGUUUAUACAGCGUCAUUCAGCUAAGUGCAGGUACACAUGCAACACGGGGCACGGUGGCGCAAGACAUUAGCGUGUCCACAAUCCGGAACACACAUCUUUAAAAAACUACUAAAUUUAUUUUUUUACAUCAUACAUCUCUGCUGUAUCUGUGUUUGAGCUCAGCAUGCCCAAGCACUCGGAACUGUUAAUACAAGCACAAGAGCAAAGCAUUAGAGCUACAGAGAAGCUAAACCCAUAGCAUAGAAAAAAAAACGUGAAAGAGAAUGGCCUUCAAGAUUCAGAUCAUGUCACAGCUUAUGAUUAAACACAUGGGAAAAGGCCUUAAAAAGACAGUACACUCAAAAAUAAAAAUACUUUCACAUUUUACUAACCCUCUUGUCAUUUUAAACCUGUAUGAGGGUAUUUCUUUAUAAAACUUCCAUACAGGAUUUUUGCUAAAUGUCUGAGCAAAGUGGAAAGACUACCAGACUUCAAAAAAGCAUUACAUAGGUAUUACAUAUACCAUCAAGUGUAAUUUGUGUUCUAUGUAGCAGCUCUUCUGAAGCCAUAUGAAGAUUUUCAUGCGAGAAACUGAAAUCAUUAUUUAUUCUAAAAAAUAUUGCCUUGAGAGACUUGCUUGACAGCAAUGGCCACCAUUUACUUUCAGUGUUGGAAAAGAGCAGAAAAUUCUGCUAUAAAUAACUUGUUUCAGAAGACAGGAGGGUGAAAAAAUUAUGACAGAAUUUUCA